GUAAGUGGCGUUCUGUGAAGUACCUUGUUCUCAGACACGUCUAUAUAAAUUUACGAGAUACACACCGUCAUUAAAACAAGUUUUCUCAUUGUGCUUUUGCUGCGAACCCUGAAAAGGUGUCCAAGAUGUUUUAUUACAACGACGAACUCAAAGAAAACAUGAAAAAUCGCUUGUCUUCCAUGUGGGAAAAAACGCGGAACAUGGAAAUCUGCAACGCUUUUCAACCCAGCUGGGGAAUCACUGUGCUCGGGUUUUUGCCGGUCGUUGGUAACUUCGCCAAUCUGGGUUGUGCCGUUCACGCAUACCAGCAUGGAGAGACCUGGCAUGGCCAUCAGAAGUUGGCAGAAGCCGUGGUAGGGAUUUCCCUGGAUUUGGCAACCAUGGGGUCCACCACCAAUGGUCUGAAAGUGGCACAAGCUGGCAUCACUCAUGCUAAUACUGCAUUGUUGGCUAUUGGUUGUAACAUGGUAGCUAAAGAUGUGGCUGUGCGCACUGCCACAAGAGUGGGUGCUUUUGGGGUUCUCCACUAUGUUAUGGAUCCCUUUUACCACAAAUAUUAAAUAAAAACAGUUUGUUUGUCUGUAAGCAAUGUUAGUGUAGCUAAUAAAGCUUUUGCCCGA